GCAUAAUUUUUUGGAAGAGUAAAUGAGAUGCCGCAAACGAUAAUAAUACCCCGCGGACUGAGCGAGUGAUACUGUGACGUCUCUGCAGAGAUGGCUCCUAUUGCGGAGCGUUCGCGCUCGUCCCAAGAGGCUCUGCUUCAACUGGAGAAGGGCACCGGUAGCCCCGUCACGCAACUCGACGAAGCCGCACGCAUUAUUGGUAUAGAUCUGUCUCUGUGUGCCAGCCAUCCGAGAGUGGAUCGCGAAAUCUCUCUUCGCGAAACCCCUGCCCCGAAGGAAGAAUGGGUUCUCCGCUGGCUGUUGAAAAAGCUCAAGGCCGGAAACGCCUACCGGGUCGAGCCUGGCUCGUUUCUUCUUUUCCGCCAGCUUAUCGACCGUAUUCCGCUGAAGACUCUGGCGGCGACAUUGAGCGAUUACAAGUUUUUACCAGUGUUGGGGGAUGUGUUUAGUGAUCUGGAAAACGGCAUUCUCUCGACGGCUACGGAACUCUCGUCCGACCCUCUUCUCUCCGGUUCUGAGUCGAGUCACACUUUGAGCGCAUCGUCUAGCAGGGAAGAUGGCGACAAGAAAGGGAAAAAGAGAAAGAGAGCCAGCGAUUACGGGGACGCUAUGGAUCUGGACAACCCUCAGCCUAGCCACAGGUCCUACCUCUUGGCCUUUACCCGGACUCUCGAUACGCUGUACUCUCUGGUGAAUCUGGCGAACAAAACAGAAACUACGGACGAUAUAGCGACUGCUCAUCUGAAGCAUGCGCUCAGGGACCAGCCGGAGGCGGUGGCCAAAAUCUUGGGUAAAUCGUUUAAGAUAGGUUCAGUGGCCACCGAAGAAUACUCAAGAGCGAAAUUAGAUACCGAGCUGCGGCAUCUAUUUUAUGUUCUACCUGCUGCUUUGGAUUUGUGGGAUCUGAGAUCCUCUCGCUUGGACGAUGGGGAAAGCAACUCUAGCAAUGAUAGUUUUGCGAACUACUGCUUCCCUCAGGCUCUACGGCUUCAACUGGCAGCUCGCAGUGCCUCAAUCGAUUGCGACGAGAGAGCUCAGAUGAUACAUGGAAUCGAGCGGUUAGUCGCGCUGCACGUCGUCUUACCAGCCCGUGCCGCCUUUUUCUCCAAAGGUGGCUCCGGCAUUGAUUACUCCUCAGGUGAACCUGAUUGGAGCCCUGUGCAGCCCGUCUCAGAUGCAUUCCGGCCAUACUUGCGGGAGAAAGGAGUGCAAAAAGCGAGUUCACCCAAAGGAACUGUCGAAAGAAAAACAGUCGACGAGGGUGAGGUCGCCAAGACCAGUUCGUGGACAACUGCGCAAUUGCUUCCCACUUUCCUGGACAUCGCCAUCCGCUCGGUGCCUCGAGAUACCUUCCGGAGACAGACGCAUGAAGUCCCUUGGCUGGAGACGUUGUUCGUUGCCAUCGCGGAACUUACAUUCUCAAUUGUGAAGGAGGACAAUGGAUCCGAUGUUAUUGCUACCUUUGUUCCUAUCUUGGAGCAGCUCUUCCGUGUCAUUCUCGAUCGGAAAGUUCAGCUUUCCCUGCAUACUCUGCUCACCCAUGCUGCUUAUACUGGUCUUUUGAAGGAUGACCUCAAAUUGGUCGAGUGGAAUUUGACAGCACUACUGAUGAAGCUUGGCGUCGACAUUUUCCUUCCAAACUCCGGUCUAGAGGAUUCGUCACGCCUUUUGGGAGCUCUGCUGGAGAAAAUUACAUCGUAUUGGACAGGCCGCAUCCCUCUCGAUGAGGAGACAUACUAUGUUAUAAAAACGGGUGUUGUCAUCCCGCUUCUCCGUGGCUUUGCAGCCGCUCGAGCUCUGCCAACUUUCGUCCAACUGUGGCGUGAGCAACUGAUGGCCGUGGAGUCUGCUCGCUCGAAAGCGGGUGGUUUUACAGCCAUCUCCGUCUGGGAGGAUGACGAUGUAGCCAAUGCUUAUAGUGAUGUUCUGAAGACAUCGCUCACUCCAUCCCAGGUUAUCUCCCAAGUCCAGACCGCAGGGACUGAAAUGAAAGCUGAGAAUGGGAGGGUUGCUGAUACCCCCGUUUCUUACGCUUGUCUUGUGAUUGUGGAGGCUGGUUUGAAGAAUAUUCUGCAAACAGAAAGCUCUGCUGAGAAGAACGAGACACUUGGCUCUUUGAUAGAGACCGUGGCUCGUACUAUCUCGUCUAAGCAAGAUCAACAUUGGCGGUGGCGCCUAUGGAGAUUUGCUACAAGCGUGUUUGGUGACCCGUCAAAAUCAGCUGAAAUUGGUGUCACCGAUUCCGGAAAUGAUUUGGUCGAGAGGGCUGCAAAGAUUAUACUCCGUUUUCAUAAGAAGUCGAAGAAGGCUAGCACUGAUUAUAUGGAGAUAUUGGAGGCGUAUCGUUUCGCCCUUGCCCUUUCUGAGCAAGACGUGGAAUCUAGAUAUACGACACAACUUGAGGAAGUCUCCGAAAGUAUUUCUUCGUUCCUGAAAACGAUCUCAACUGGUCAACAUGAUGCCUUGGUUGAGGGAGCCUGGAAUGGACGUGUCGAAACAGUCAAUUCUCCCACUGCUCUUGCAACAGGCUAUCUCGUGACUCUUUUGAGGACCCCGGAAAUCUGGCACAAAUUGAAGAACGACACCCGACGUGCUCUGUUCAACGAGAUGCUUUCGUUGGCUGCUGCGCAACGGGGGCUGGUGUCUGAAGCGUCGCUAGACUCUCCACCUUCUCAGACUCGUUUCUUCCAGGUCUGGGCAGGACUCGCUUCACACGCAUACCUUCUCAAUGCCCCGUACAUUGUCAGCGAUCUUGUUGUCGUACUCGCGGAUCGCCUGAAAAAUGACGCAUCUAACCGUGAGCUCAUAGUCAACAGCCUUCAAAGGAUUCCACCAUUGCUCAUUUCGCGUCACCAAAGGGGUGUUCUGCUAGACUUGCUCCAGGAUAUUAUCCUUCAGGCUAGCUGCCCCCUCGAAAUCUGCGCUGAGAUGCUCUCUUUGAUGGCAAAGCUUGCCGAAUUACCCAAGUCUCCUGCUUCCCUGACGAAUGACUGGGACGCAGUCUGGAAGAUUGCAAAGGCUGUAUCCCUCCAAGGAACAGAUACCGACUUGCGGGUUUUGAGAUCAUGUCGCAGUCUCUACCGUGCUGUGGUCUCCAAAUUCCUUCUUUCUGCAGAGGAAGAUCGACAGAAAAUGUUCAAAAAGACAUAUCGCAAAGUCUCUUCGGCGGUUUCCAAGCUGGAGUCCAUUGACUACAACUCUCUGAGCGAGUUCCUCGUUAGAAUAUCUACCUGUCAAAUCCUAGAGAACCGUGCGCGGAUACCAGAUGUGUUUGAUGAGGAGGAACUCACUACGUACCGUCAGAAGCUAUUCAAGCUACUAGUGUCGGACCUAUCCUCGUUUAGGGAUCGUCUCAGACAGGGCGCUGAUGAAGACAGGAUAUCCCUGAUGAAAAUACUAGAUGCGCUGGAAGACUUUGAAGAUCUUGCAAGAAAAAGCAAGAAGGUCGACAAAUAUCUAGCCAGUAUCGAGGAGUCCGUGACCGAGAACGAGGUAGAUUCCAUCUCCUCACUGAAGACUCUUGUCCGACGACGCAUCCUCGCUAGCCGUGACUACGAGAGGGAUGUCUCUCCUUUGGUCCAGUCUGCACCGGUCUUCCCUAUCCAGCAGCUUUAUGGCGAAGAACAGAAACUCUUUGUCCACGACACGGUCAGUCGAUUCCGUUCAAUGUCUACAGAGGACCUUGUCACUGCCAUCCAGAGUAUACGGGAAGGAGGAUUUGUCGACAGCGACGCUCCUUAUCGGCUGCUUCUGGCGGCUGUGGCCGUAUCCGCGUUGCCGCCGGUCGAGGAGAAAACGAAUGGACCAUCGCAGGAACUAUCCUCUCUGUGUACGGCAGUGACCGAGUCUCUCCCUGAAAGCACCUCGAUCGAACAAUUCUCUCUGGCGUGCGAAUGUCUAGAUGUACUUCUCCGCACGCACCCUCGUGUUGUCACCCAGUGGAAUGUCGACAACAUCCUUGCAUCCAUUUCCGCAUGUGCUUCCAGCUCUGGACCAGAAAUCAGCCCCGAACAUGCAGGAACCAUGUACACACGCCUCUGUCGCCUCUUGGGCGUCCUGUUAGGUCUCUAUCGACAGAAGCUCGGUGGUCGAUUCCACCUCAUUGUGCCUGUUAUGCAGCGUCUGUUGAACUGCCUCUUCCCGCCGGACAAGAGACGAAUGCGAUCUACCCGACAAAAGGUGGCGCGUAGCUAUCCAUACUGGCUGGCACCCCUCGACGCUUCGCAUGCCGUUCACUACACGCGCCUGCUCACCUCUCUGUGCGAUCCGACCGUCUCUGCCGUAUCCCGGCCGACUCAAUCAGGCCCGGGCCACGAGGCCCUGACUGAUCAGACCAAGAAGGCCAAGCGCGUUGCCGGACAGUAUCUGCAGUACGUGGUCAUGGAGUAUGCCGAGUGCUCUCUCCGCGGUGCACUCAAGCCUGAGGUCAAAGCUGCCGUGAUCCCGGGUCUGUAUGCGGCCCUGGACGUCAUGUCUCGGGACACGAUGCGCGCCUUGAACGCCGGUCUGGACGUGUCCGGACGAGCUGUGUUCAAGGGCUUGUACGACGACUAUGUGAAGUUCGGCAAGUGGAACAAGGGUUAAUGUUGGAUUGUUAUUAUGUUGCAGCGAUUAUGCGCUGGAGGAAAAGUGUAAUUGCUGGAAAUGUGUAUAAAGAACUAGAUAAAGCACUUAUAAUAUACCCAUAGAAUUCGACAUCACCUUGCUAGUUCGGGUAUAUCUUAAGCGCAUAUGCCUCCACGGUGGCCAUGGAAUGGG